AUGCUGGAGCUACCGUCGAACAGCCGGAAGGGCUUUUUGUAUCUGAUGGACGGCGAGGGCCUCGGCGCAUUCAAAGAUCAUGUGGGCCUUGAUUCUUUGUACACAGAGGACCACGGAAGAGUAAGGAUUGUAACCGUUAACGUGCUGGAAGACAAACUCCUGUGGUCUGAUGGCGAGGGGGCGAGGGAGACUCUUCCGGAUGGAUUUAGAUGUCUGCAUGGAAAUGAAAUACUCCACAGGUCGAUGAACCGGCUACCCCAGGAGGGAUGGGAGGAGUUGAUAGACUGCUGGUCAUGCCACAACUGCGAAUUCAAGACCAUGCUGGGCCUCACUCCUCGGCCUAGGGAAGGUGGGCUGCUUCUGUCGGAUUUCUUCCUUCUCAUAAAUGACGCAGACCUCCCCGGGUGCUGCAGAAGGAACGAUUCAUCCAUCAGGAAAUUGUUCUACAACGAGGUUCUUCCAAAUGGCUGUACCCAUGAGGAUUUGGCUUAUUCGUAUCUAAACGCCUACUUCCGAGACAAGAAUGUUCUUCUCCUUGAGGCAAACCAAGCGAGAUACGAAAUAAGGCAUUUCUACAGGGCAGUGCUGAUAACUGUGGAAAACAGAGCGCUGAGCAGAAAAGAGGCAAUGAAGGUAGGAAUCAAGAAUACAGACAAGAUUACCGAAUCGAGCGAGAGCAUAAACGAAUUCUACUCUAAGCUAAUAUAUGAUCUUGUGAUGUCGGGCACAAUAGAUAUAACAGCACUGGGAUACAAGAUUUCGUUUGUAACAGAGAGAUAG